AUGCACCAACCGCCGCCCAACUCAGCCACAGCCCCCAACGCGCCGCCGCAAAUCAGCGUGAACGGAAAUCAACUGCAAGUGGUAGAGAACUUCCCGUAUCUGGGCAGUACCCUCUCCCACAACACCAAGAUUGAUGACGAAGUCGCCAGCAGGAUCUCGAAAGCCAGUCAAGCCUUCGGUCGUCUCCGAAACACAGUUUGGAACCGCCACGGUCUCCAACUGAGCACGAAGCUGAAGAUGUACAAGGCCGUCAUCCUGCCGACGUUACUAUACGGAGCAGAGACAUGGACGGUGUACACGAGACAGGCACGCCGACUGAACCACUUCCACCUCAGUUGUCUCCGUCGCAUCCUGAGGCUGAACUGGCAGGAUCGAAUCCCCGACACGGAAGUACUGGAACGAACGGGAAUCCUCAGCAUCUACGCCAUACUGAGACAAAUGCAGCCGCGCUGGAGCGGCCACCUGGUGCGCAUGGACGACGAGCGACUACCCAAACGACUCUUCUACGGAGACGUCGCGACGGGUUCUCGUCGUCAAGGAGGCCAAAUUCGCCGUUACAAGGAUACUCUGAAGUCCUCCCUGAAGCGCCUGCAAAUCAACCCGACCAACUGGGAAGAGCUCGCUCGCGAUCGUCCGACAUGGAGGAGAACAGUGAAGACGGGCGCUGCUAUCUAUGAAGCCAACCGAAUCGCCGCCGCCAAAGCGAAACGCGAAGCCCGCAAAUCACAACUUCGCCCAGUCCGCAACGCCGCCGCACAACCUCUUCCAACGUGUCCUCGAUGUCAACGGACAUUCCGGGCACGAAUCGGACUUGUUGGACAUCUCCGAACCAACUGCACCUCUCGAACUGCUCCAGCCAUCGUCCCCCCGCCCGCCUCUUCCUCCUCUCUUCCGCCAACUAACUCUGACACUCCUUCUGCACCACCAAUUCCAUCCUCCUCGUCCUCGUCGUCCUCCUCCCUCUCUACUGCCCCAGCGGCGGCCGUUCAGACUGCUGUCUCACACAUCACCAACACCAACACACCGACCAACAUCACCUCUCCCACCUCUCCCGAUUCCAGUGAUGAGGAUCAGGACUACACCUGCCCUCACUGUGACCGCACCUUCACCUCUCGCAUCGGCCUGGUCGGUCACUUGCGAAUCCAUCGCACAGAGACUGGUGAACCAGUGCCUGGAGCACCAACCUACACCCACCGCACUCGCCUCCACUGCCCACACUGCCCUCGCACCUUCACUCAUCGCAUGGGUCUAUUCGGCCACAUGCGCAUCCACGAGAGCGGAAUUGACCGCAGCCUUGACACACCCACCCCGCCGAGCCCCACUCCCAAUCAAUCACCUUGCGCACCCACUAACCACUCCACAGCCGACAUCGACGCCACCGACCUUACCACCCCCCACUCCUCCCCUUCCUCCUCCUCUUCCUCCUUCACUGCCACAACGACGGCCGCUUCGGCGUCUGUCGCCCACGACCUCACCGCAGCCGAACCUGACACAACAACAGGCACAACCCCUGCAACCUCCAUCAUCCGACGUGAGGGCCAGGGCUACAUCUGCCCUCACUGNAGGAGGAGAGAGUGUAGGUAG